AUGAAGUCUACAGCGAUUCUUGCUAUCUUGGCCCAGGCCCUUGCUGUCACUGCUCAGCCAGUUGAGGGGGACAGAAAUCCAGGCACCCGUACCUUGGACCUCCCCAACUUCCCCGGUGGUAGCUUCCCAACUCGUGGUGUCGAGAAACGUGAUAGAGCAUUCCCCGCUGAUCUCCCUCCAGACAACGGCGGCGGCAAUGCCCCUGACCCAGACAAGGUCCACAUUGUUGGUGUUACUUAUGGCGGCACUGGAUGCCCGGAUGGCACUGUCAGCCAUAUCCUGUCUGACGACCGCCAAGUCAUGACCCUCAUCUUCGAUCAAUACGUUGCCCAGAUCGGACCAGGCGUCAACACUAAGGAAAACCGCAAGAACUGCCAGUUGAACAUCAACCUCCGCUACCCAGGUGGAUUCCAGUUCUCCGUCUUCUCUGCCGACUACCGUGGCUAUGCCAACCUUGAUAAGGGUGUUACCGGUGUCCAGAAGUCCAUCUACUACUUCUCUGGCCAGACUGAGCAAACCUCCACAAGCACCACAUGGAACGGCCCACUUGACAAGGACUACAUCCUCCAUGACGAGGCCAACCAGACCUCCACUGUCUGGUCUCCUUGCGGAGCUAACGGUGCUUUGAACAUCAACUCCCAAGUCCGACUCACCGCAACCGACCGCAACGCUCGUGGUAUCCUCACCAACGACUCCGUCGACACCAGCUUCAAGCAGAUCGUUCACGUCAGAUGGCAACAGUGCACUAAUUAA